AUGUGGCGGGCCUUGCUUGCCCAUCCCAGGACCCAUGGCAUUCCUCUCCCGCCCAUCCUGGGAACCGUGGUGGGCCCCGCCCACCUGUUCCGGGACCCGUGCCGUACCCUGCCCGCCCGUCUAGGGUCCCGUGGCUGGCCCCCGCCUGCUCGUCCAAGGACCCGUGGUGGUCCCCCGCCCACCCAUCCCAGGGCCUGUGGCGAACCCUGCCCGCCUGUCCUGGGACCCAUAGCGGGCCUUUCCCGCCCCUCCCGGGACCUAUGGUGGACCUCGCUUGCUCAUCCCAGGACAUGUGAAGGAGGCCUCACCCCGCCCAUCCCGGGACACAUGGUGGGCUCCUUGCCCAUCCCAGGACACGUGGCGGCCUUGCCCGCCCAUCCCGGGACCCGUAGGGGGCCUCACCACCCAUCUUGGGACACAUGGCGGGCCUCACCUUCCCGUACCGGGACAUGUCACGGGCUCUGCCCGCCCAUCCCGGGACCGUGGCGGACCUUGCCCAACCAUCCAGGGACCCAUGGCGGACCUUGCCUGCCCGUCCUGGGACACGUGGCAGGCCCAUGCCUGCCUAUCCCAAGAUCCCAUGGCAGACAUCACCUGCCAGUCCUGGGACACGUGGCAGGCCCAUGCCUGCCCAUCCCAAGAUCCCAUGGCAGACAUCACCUGCCCGUCCUGGGACACGUGGCAGGCCCAUGCCUGCCCAUCCCAAGAUCCCAUGGCAGACAUCACUUGCCAGUCCUGGGACACGUGGCCCAUCCCAGGACCCUUGAUGGACCUCGCCCACCCAUCCUGGGACAGGUGACAGACUUCGCCUGCCCAUCCCAGGAUACAUGGUGGACCUCGCCUGUCCAUCCCGGGACACGUGGCGGGCCUCGCUCGCCCGUCCUGGGACCUGUGGCGGACAUCGCCCCCCUGUCCCAGGACCCGUAG